CCGCCUCUUCCAUCCUACCUCGUACAUACAUACAUACAUACGUACAUACACACAUACCCACCCACCCAGCCACGCAGCAAGCAUGCCACCAGUGCUGUACCUCGUGCGGCACGCCCAAGGCUACCACAACAUCAACCGCCAACACCACCUCCGCGACCCCGAGCUCACGCCCCUCGGCACGGCGCAAUGCGGCGAGCUGCGCGCGGCCUUCCCGCACCACGACCGCAUCGACGUCGUCAUGGCGUCGCCGCUCAAGCGCACCGUGCAGACGGCGGCGCUGGCCUUCGAGCCCGCCCUCCGUCGCCCCAAUGUCCCGUUCUUGCUCGUCCCCUGGGCCCAGGAAAUCGCUGCUAAUGCGUGCGACGUGGGGCAGGGGCGUGAGGAGCUGGAAGGGUGGGUGCGGGGCACAUUUGCGGAGAUGGGGGUGCGUGUGGAGCCCGCGAAGGUGGACUACGGGCUUGUCGAGGAGGGGUGGAAUUCCAAGACCGGCAUCUACGAGCCCCGCCUGAGUGUGGUGGAAAAACGGGCGGCGUCGCUGCGGACGUGGCUCUGGCAGCGGCCCGAGGCGACGAUAGUGCUGGUGGCGCACGGCGCGUUCCUGCACUACUUCACCGAGGACUGGACGGCAUUUGAUCCGAAGAAGGGCACCGCGUUCGAAAACUGCGAGUACAGGAAAUACACCUUCAGCGCCGACUCCAACGCCUCGGAAGCGCACCUGGUCGAGCACGGCGUGGCGCAGGUGAAGCAGGGCCGGCCGCCGGGGGUGCACGCCAACGUGCUGGCCGAGAUUGAGGCCGUUGAGGCGAAUCCGUGAGGGCCGGCAGGCAGCAGCAGCAGCCGUGGGACCCGAGCGAGACAGUCACAGCAGCAUGAGUAUGUAUGUAUGUAUGUA